GCCAAGGUGGGAGGAUUGCUUGAGUCCAGGAGUUCUACACCAGCCUGAGCAACAUGGUGAAACCCUGUGACUCUUCUUAGAAGUCUACCUUCUUCCUGUGUAGUUUCAGCCCAAAGUGAGACUUUUGAGUUGGGAAGAAAUACUUCUGAAUUAAACUACUGAUCAGUGUCACCCAAUUCUAAUCCCAACCACCUUUUUCUAGGCAUACCGUACUCACUGCCAUACUUACUGUUCGGUUGGGCACCUUUGCCCUCCUUCCUAUUGGCCUUCUAGUUCCUACCCAACUGUCCAGUCCACAGGCCUCAGUAACACCUUUUCGCCCAGCCCUGUGGUAGCGUUGGCCUGCCUCCUUUACCUUCUCAACCGCUUUACCACUAAUGUAUUGUUUUGUGUUUUCAUCUAUAGGAUCUUACCUAGCCAUAUGGCCUGCUGCCUCUGCCAAUUUAAAAACAUCAUUGAGGCUGUUGGCAAGACAGUCAAGCUGCAUUGCAACAGUGCAUGUCUGACAAACACCAUACGUUGUCAUGAGUCCAAAUUGCCUGGUGAUCAAUUGUUACAUUAUUUUAAGUAUUUGUUUUUAAACUUUUUAUUUUUAAUGAUGAUAAAAUUGUAAGCUAAUGAUAUAAUUGCUUUAUUUUAUUUACUCAUUCAGAGUUAAACUCCCUCAAUUUCUGAACUAUUCCCUUGCUGAGAGUCAGGUUCUCAGUUAUUAUUACAAAAUUUAAUAAUAGAACUGUUCCAUAUGCACAAACGACCAAAACAAAGCAAUGGGAAGACUAGGGAAUAACAUUAACAUCCACACACUGUGUACUGUGCUCUCUGCUUGGUGCUUUGCCCCCAGUGACAAUUUAUUCAUAUAGUGCAAUGUACUGUGUAAGCUGGUUUUAUACGCAUGAGGUCUCAAGUACUCUCUGCCUUACAGGACAGAUGUAGAUCUGGUUUUGAUUUUUUUGUUUUUACAGGUUUAUAAGAGUACAAGUGAUGCUGUUUUAUUUGAAGCCUGAGAGUUUCUGGUUCCAUAACCAUAAAUUGCUACCUGGCUCUUCUAAUGGAAUGGAGGGCUUUUCCAAGCUUAGACCAUCCAACUCUGAACUUGCUCUGAAUCUCAAACCUUUCUAUUCACAGAACAAAUGCUCAAGUGCCUUCAGGAGUUUUUCUAUAGAUUAGGUUUAUUAGCACCAACUUCAUGACUUCUAAAAUGUGACUGCUUUUCAUGUCCAGAUAGCUUGAAUACAGGUAUCUAUGAGUGAUAUGGGGUGGAUAAUUAAUAAUGCUUAGCUACUUAUAUAAAGACAGUGUUGCUUAUUUUUCAAAACUUUUUUUUUUUUUUUUUUUUUUUUACCAAUUAUAUUCUUCCCUUCUCCCCAAGAAGUGGGCAGAAAAGCAUUGGUAAUCUCCUUUUACAGAUGAGGAAAAACAAGAUCAGAGGUGCUAAGUGCUGUACCUUGUGCCAGGUCUUCUGUCCUCAAUUCUGGGUUCUCCCCAAGCCCGUGUUUCUCCUUUCUCACAAUCUUUACUUCUUCCUCUGACCCUCAGCACCACCCAAAAUACUUUUAAUUCUGGAAAAGAAAGCCAGCUGCACACUGGCACACUUGACCUUCAUGCAUUCAGAAGCUUUGGAUGGUUCCCAAUCCAGAAUAUUAGAGAUGAAAUGAAAGCAAAGUAGGCAUCUGACAAAAGUUGCUUUUUCCCUUCUGUAUUAUAGGAUAUCAAGUAAUGUUUAUCCAGAAACUGCUGUCAUACCACAGAUUCAUUGUAUAUUCAACAACAUAAGCAUAGCAUACAAUCUGGCAAAUUAAAAACCUCUUAACCUACACCCUGGAUCCCUGUCCAAAUUUAAGAAAAGAAUUAAGGUGGACACGGUGUUUUUUCCAUGUCGUGUCUUCUGUGAUGGGGCUAUGGUAUGUGGGAACAGAGAAUGGGGUGGGUGGGUGGAGCGUGUGCCAGAUGAGGAUCUAUCAGCAAUGGGAGGGGCUCUCCACAUUAGUAUCUCCAUCCUGCUCCUCUCAGAGGACCGCCUUCCACUGCAUUCAGCUGUGAUGGUAGCAAGAACACGGGUACACUGAGGACAAGGAGAGAGGGAGCCUUGUGCUCUCUCUGCAUAUGAGGCAGGACAGCACAGGGUACGGAGCAGUCUGCAGAGAGGCCAGCUCAUCAGGGAAGCACUUGUCUUCCACCUUGGGCUUUGACUGAACGCUGGGCAACUGGCCCCUGGGGAUCAAUGGAAUAAUCCUAAGCAGACUUACUCUGUGUCACACUAUGCAAUGUUCCAAGUAGGUGGCCAUGUUUUCAAAAGAUGUCUUUUCUCCUUUUGUUGUUGCCAUUUCAUAGGUUUAGGAUUGGGUGUGUGUUUCUCCUCUCUGAAUGGCACUCGAAUGUUUGCUGACUCCUACUCUGUGUGACUGGGGCGUACAGCUGUGAGCUGAUGCAUGCUGUCCCAUCAUCUUUCAUGAUCAAAGGAGUCUCUUCUUUUUUCACAGCUGAAGAAGCAUCCGUAGGGAAUCCAGAAGGAGCGUUCAUGAAGGUGUUACAGGCCUGGAAGAAGCACACGAGCACUGAGCUGACUAUUGAGCCGGAAGUGCCCUCAGACAGCAGUGGCAUCAACUUGUCAGGCUUUGGGAGUCAGCAGCUAGACACCAAUGACGAGAGUGAGGUUAUCAGUGCACUGAGUUACAUCUUGCCGUAUUUCUCCGCAGGAAAUCUAGAUGCGGAAUCAAUGUUAUUACCGUUCAUAAAACGGCUCUUUUCUAAUGCGCAAGAUGGAGAUAGGGCCCUGGGUAUUUUGAAAAACAAUACAAAGGGCCCCUCUCUUCAACCUGCAUCCAACAACUCAACUUAUGAAAGUAAAUUGAGAAAGCUGUAUUUGCUAGAAAAUGUGUUAGAUGCAGAAAUACAGGAAAAAAUUGAUGAAGUUAAAAGGGAAGAAAAAACUGCCAUGCUUAUGCAGACCAGCCUUCUAGGUAACAAAUUUAAACGCCAAAUAUUUGAAAAGAAAUUAGAAACUGUCCAACCACAGGAAAACAGCCUGGCAAAGAUUCAAAGUGUAGGCAACAACCUGCAGAGAGUGAACAGAGUCCUCACGGGCCCAAGAAGCAUCCAGAAAAGGCACUUCAAAGAGGUGGGAAAGCAGAGCACCAGGAGGGAAGAGGGUGCGCAGGCAUUUGUGGAGAGCGCUGCCCAAGAAAAAAGGCUCGGGAGCCCGGUCUCAAGGGAGUUGGAACAGCCUCACACAGAGCAGGGGCCCAAGAAGUUAGUGGAAAACACCGUCUACACCAAGCCUUCGUUCACCCAAGAGCUUAACGCAGCAGUCUCCUCUGUGCUGAAACCCUUCUCCAUGGGCGAGGGAGUUUCUGCCUCCACCCCUGCAAAAGCCCUACCUGAGGUCAGAGACAGAUCAAAAGACUUAACCCACACUGUUUUCAUUUUAGAAAAUGCAAAGGCUAGAGUUACAAAUAUGAAGGCUGCUAAACCAAUCGUACAUUCCAGAAAAAACUACCGCUUUCAUAAAACUCGCUCCCGCGUGGCCCACACAACACCCAAGGUCAAAAAGAUUAGAGAGUUGAGAAAGGAAAGUUAUCUCGAUAGACUGAUGCUUGCAAACAGGCUGCCGUUCUCUGCAGCGAAGAGCCUCAUAAAUUCCCUUUCACAAGGGACUUUUUCAUCUUUAGGAGACUGGAGUGCUCAGGAAAAUCCUUUUCCUAAACUAUUUGAUACUUCAGAACGUGUUAUAGAGGACACUAAUGUAAAGAACACAACUGCAAGAAAUGCCUUUGAAGCAAUCAUUUUUAUGGAAAACACUACUAUGCCAGAAGGCACCAUCUCUGAAAACACAACCUACAAUCCUCCUCCUGAGGCAGAUUCCGCUGGGACUGCGUUCAACUUAGGGCCAGCUGUUAAACGAACUAAUCAGACACAAUGGGAAUACAACAACGUGGGCACUGACCUGUCCUCCGAGCCCAAAAGCUUCAAUUACCCGUUGCUCUCGUCUGCAGGUGAUCAGUUUGAAAAUCAGCUAACCGAGCAGCUACGGUCCCUCAUCCCCAACAACAAUGUGAGAAAGCUCAUUUCUCAUGUUAUCCGGACCUUAAAGAUGGACUGCUCUGACACCCAUGUGCAAGUGACCUGUGCCAAGCUCAUCUCCAGGACAGGCCUCCUGAUGAAGCUUCUCAGUGAGCAGCAGGAUGUAAAGGCGUCCAAGGCAGAAUGGGAUACGGAACAGUGGAAAACUGAGAACUAUAUUAAUGAGAGCACGGAAGCCCAGAGUGAACAGAAAGAGCAGAGGUUGAGUGAGCUCACAAAAGAAGUUCCAGGAUAUGGCUAUAACAACAAACUCAUUUUGGCAUUACUUGUGACUAAAAUUCUAACGACUUUGAUUAUAAUUAUCUGCCUCAUUGAGGUAAGGACAAUAAUUAAUUCAGGUUUUCAGAAUGCAGUGCUGUCUUUGUGUGGAUUCAGAGCCCACAAACUCAAAACCAAAGCCACUUUCCCACCUGCUGCUACUUGACAUUCUUCUUCAGUC